AUGUCUGUAACAACAACCACAAACCCAACACACUACACCCUCGCCGCCACCCUCGCAGACUACGAUCUCCACCACACCACAGAAGGCGGCCACGAUGCUACUCUAAAUGCGCAUCCCAAUCCCGCAGCGAAUGCACAGCACAAUCCGAGUCAUUGGCCUACGACGCAGCAUCGCCGUGUUCCGGUGUAUAGGCCUGUGAAUACGCAGUUGGAUCAGAGUGAGAGGAGGGUGUAUUUGAAUGGGAUUGAGCAGACGUUUGUGGGGGUGAUGUUUACGGGUGUGCUCUUGGAGUCGGCAAUGUCCAAGAUUUGGAGGAAUUCAUUUGGGCGAGUGUGGAAUGUUGGGUAUAAACUUGGUGGCGAGUGGUGA